UAAUAGUUAUUGUACGUCAUCUCACUCACUCUUCCUCUUAGAGUCUAUAUAUAUGCAAUAUCUCUGGUCUCCCUAUCACCUUCUCUUCUCUAAGCACUUUACUUUUUUUUUCAGCCAUGGAGUUUCAUUGCCUUCCAAUAUUUCUUUAUCUCAAUUUGAUGUUGAUGACAGCCAAUGCUGCGUUAACUCCUAGACAUUACUGGGAAACGAUGCUUCCAAGAACUCCCUUGCCGAAAGCAAUCACAGAGCUACUAAGCCUUGAAAGUAGGUCCAUAUUUGAAUAUGCCGGGAAUGAUGACCAGUCAGAAAGUAGGUCCAUAUUAGGAUACGCUGGCUAUAAUCAAGACGAGGAUGAUGUGAGCAAACACAAUAUACAAAUCUUCAACAGGUUGUUUUUCUUGGAAGAGGACCUGCGUGCUGGCAAAAUAUUCAACAUGAAGUUCGUCAACAACACAAAAGCCACAGUCCCGUUGCUACCGCGCCAAAUUUCGAAACAAAUACCGUUCUCAGAAGAUAAAAAGAAGCAAGUGUUGGCGAUGCUUGGCGUGGAAGCGAACUCAAGCAACGCCAAGAUCAUAGCGGAGACCAUUGGUCUUUGCCAAGAGCCUGCAACGGAGGGAGAAAGGAAACACUGCGCGACUUCGUUGGAGUCCAUGGUUGAUUUCGUCGUUUCCGCGCUCGGGAAGAACGUUGGUGCUUUCUCAACAGAGAAAGAAAGGGAAACUGAGUCUGGAAAGUUUGUAGUGGUGAAAAAUGGGGUGAGGAAGUUGGGAGAUGAUAAGGUUAUUGCCUGUCAUCCAAUGAGUUACCCUUAUGUUGUGUUUGGGUGUCAUCUAGUGCCAAGGAGUAGCGGGUAUUUGGUGCGCUUGAAGGGAGAAGAUGGGGUUCGAGUGAAAGCAGUUGUUGCGUGCCACAGAGACACGUCAAAGUGGGACCAUAAUCAUGGGGCAUUCAAAGUGCUCAAUCUUAAGCCUGGGAAUGGUACAGUAUGCCAUGUCUUCACUGAGGGGAAUCUUCUUUGGCUUCCAAAUUAGAUUAAUUACCAUAUACAUAUUUGUCCUUGUUCUAUCCUUAAAUAAGUGGAAUCACCUGAAGAAUUGUGCGUAAUGAGUUGUUUGUCUUUGUGGAAAUUGUUAUCUGUCUUGCAUCACCAAAUAGGUAUAUAUAAAAUAACAGGAGCGUGGUAUUUGUUGCACAAAAA